AUGAGUAGUUAUAGACAGACAACAUUUAGAAGAUUCGGCAUCGAGCUGUUUAAAAGGGAUGGACAUACUGUUGUCAAUACCAAUGGUUAUAGACUAUGUGUACUGCCAUUCUUCUUUAAGAAUAAGGUCAACUUUGUUAGGAGCAAUAGAUCAUCGGCAUUCUCAACAUCUUCAUCACCUAUAUUGACAUCAUCGACUUCGGCAUCAUCGAGUACACCAACAUCAUCAACACCUUCAACAUCUACACCACAGGCAAUAGCAUCAUCAUACGCUGCAUCUGAAGAUGCUGGUAUACCAACACCAUUGAAUCAACCCAUAUUCGACAUCCUCUCUCGAGCCAAGCUACUCACAACUCUCUCACAUGAGAACCUUGUCGAGUUCAUUGCUGCCCAACCAUCUCAAAAGCAUCAUGACCAAGUACUGAUGAUCACAGAGGACUAUGAGACAUCAUUGGAGUCACUACUUAAGAAUGGACAGGCAGUACUAUCACAUGAUCAAAUACAACUGUACUCAUAUCAGAUACUCAAAGCAUUGUCCUACUUGCAUGGACGAAGCAUUACACAUCGCAACCUAUCAGUUGAGAACAUCAAGAUCGACUCCAAUAACAACAUCAAACUAUCAAACUACGCACUGUAUUACCUUUCGAAUCAAGGAGAGAAUGUAUCAUUCCCAAUUGGCAACUUAUGUAACUUGUCACCUCAGUCUUUACUGCGGGACUUGAAGGGCAGCCCAAACCCAAAGUGCGAUGUCUGGGCAUUGGGUUGCGUUCUCCUCCAGCUCGCUUAUGGCAAGUGUCCCUGGGCAGACAGGGACCCCAACGUAGUGAUCAAUCGACUGCUCCACCUCUCCAAUCUGCCAGCGUCUCAACGCUACAACAUCGACACUCACAGCUUUGAAUCCGUCAGUGCCGAGAAGCCCCUUGGAACCAUAUCUUCACAAAUGUCCAACAACAGCAACAUGACAAACUUCCUCAACAACCUGUCACCGCCACUCAAUCGUCUGCCCGAACCCCUGGUCGAGCUGAUUCGCGCGUGUCUAACACCCAACUCGGCCGAUCGUCCCUCCUCUGCGGACUUGCUCGAACACCCAUACUUCUACGACAUCAUGGGCAAGGACCCAUAUGCGCCCAAAUACGUUGAGCGUCCCUCGGUCAAGUCGCUCCAGCUUCCCGACGACCUGAGCAGCAUUAAGGCCGACUCGGGACAUGAACGCAGCGAUCUGGAUAUCUUCUCGGGCGCCGAGCUCUACUACCUCUGGCGUCUGGCGGGGGGCGACCUCGACAAGGAGCUCGUGGCCCAGUCUCUGGCCAACUCUGCGCCAUCAGUACACAAGCUGCCCAACUUUGUACCCCUGGUCAAAUCGAGUCACUCAAUGUCCAACUCACUGGGCGACCUCAUGACAUCGCCAAUAUGCGCCAAGCGCACGGCUGGCUCAGAGGGCAGCAGCACACAAUCGCACGACUUCAAGGCCAUACUGUAUAAUCACCGAACUUGCACACUCUCGAUCGAUUCACUCGUCGAGCGAAUACGUGAAGCCUACGAGAUCAAGGAGGAGCUGCUAUCAGAGGAUGUUGGCGGAGAUGGCUAUCUAUUCACACGUGGCACAAACAAGCCGGCCUCUAGCAGUGGCGACGGCAGCGCAUCACUCAACUCACCACAGGCGAGGAAUCAGGACGAUGAGCUUGACUAUCAGAUCGCGAGAUUGUCAGCAUUCCACAAGGCAUUAUAUCAAUAUGUGUACGAGGAUGCGAUCCAGGCUCAACCACAGAUCAUCAGAAUGGCCAAAUUUGGAAUCCCAACAAUCUUGCGUGGCGAUAUCUGGGCCGCCAUCCUUGGUGUAGUGCACGCUGAUGCCGUGUCCAUAUAUCACUCAAUCAAUCUGGAUGUGCGUGGACCUAAUGAUAAGCAGUUCGAACUCGAUAUCCCGCGAUGCCAUCAAUACCAUCCACUCCUCUCGUCGCCCAGCGGCCACGCUCAACUAUUUAGAAUACUAAAGGCAUGGUCAUUGCUCAACAUUGAGAAGGGAUGCUAUUGGCAGGGUCUGGACAAUGUGGCGUCUCCAUUCGUCGUGCACUGCUACCACGAUGAACCAAUGGCGUUUGCAUGUCUAAAGAGCUUCGUAGACAAGUACCUCAGCAUCCUCUACGUUCCCAACAACUACGCAGCACUAAGUGAGAUCAUGCUGACUUAUACCCAACUGCUCUCUUACCACGAUCCCGAGCUGUCCUGCCAUCUGAUCAACGUGCAGCUGGAGCCCAACCUCUACGCCAUCCCUUGGUUCAUCACUAUAUUUGCUCAUCUAUUGCCACUGGACAAGAUUGAUAUACUCUGGGACACCAUCUUGCUUGGACCAAGCUCAUUCCCAUACUUCUUUGCCGUCUCCAUUAUGAUACAAUUCAGGACAUCAAUGUUGGCCAAGGCAUCACUUGAGAACUGUAUCAAGACAAUCUCAAAGAUCUCCUCGUGUGACAUUGAACAAUGUGUCAGUGAUGCUCUAGACAAGUUCAACAACACUCCUCUUAGCACAACAAUUAGCAAAGUCGUUAGUCACACUGACGACGAACUAUGGUGGAUGCAAGAGGUAUCAAUGGAGACAAGGAAACUGGAACUGUUCCCAAGGAUUGGUAUCCAUGAUGUGAUCAACAAUCCAAACACAAAGAUAUUGGACAUACGCCCUGCAUCACAAUUCCAACAGUGCUAUUACCCUAAGUCUGUUAAUAUAAUCUACCACGGACAAGCUACACCACAGUCCACCCCGGCAACAUCGUCUGCUCAGGGUAGCUACCCAGCGCCACCCUCGUCCAUGCAGCCGAGCGGCCAGCCAUCGCCAGCUCCUCAGACCAAGCCAUCAAAGCCAUUCAAUCCAGCCAUUCUCGAACAAUAUCGUGGUCGUCCAAUCGUUGUCAUUGCGCCUCGAGGCGAGGGCAUCGAGUUCUGUAACCAGCUUGUCCAAUGGAAGUUCCCCUUUGUUGCCCUUCUCAAUGGUGGCAUGGAUGCACUGAUACAUGGUGCGCAAAGUCUUCUUGUGAUGAAUACCAACACAAACAAUGGACAAUGA